UCAAGGUAUGUAUCAUUAGGCAAUUAUAUGUGAAAAAGUACUGAUUUGUUUCCUUUUGAAGCUCUUGCAAUUAUAAUGAACCCGGUUGUUGUGUUGUGAUGGUGUUUUAGUUGAACAGUGAAUCCUAUGGAACCAUUAAUGCUAUGCCCGAAGAGAACUCCAAGAUUCGUCUUCAACGUGUUUUGGAAACCCGGAAGGUAGUACUAUGCAAAGAGCAAGCGAUGGCUUAUGCUCGUGCACUCGUUGCUGGAUUUGAACUGGACUAUAUAGAUGAUCUUUUAUCUUUUGCUGAUACUUUUGGAGCUUCACGUUUAAGGGAAGCAUGCAUUAAUUUCAUAAAUUUAUACAAGCAAAAGAACGAAGAUAGGCUUUGGAUGGAAGAAAUAGCAGCAAUGCAGGCAUGCGCUCAGCCACAACUGCCGUACUUGAGAACAUCAGGAAUAAUUCUUGCUGGAGAAGAUAAUGACCCCAAUCAGAAUCUCAUGAUAAAUGUUAACCAAAGUAUUCUCUCUGUUGGGAAGAAUGGCUCACUCGACACAUCAGUGUCGGAGUCAACAAGUCAUGGAAGUCUGGACGUGAACCAAGAUAAUAACUUGCCAGCAUUGGAUAAGACAUCAUCAACAGAUGGGAAAACUCAAGUACCAAACCCAUGGCCAAACCAUCCUCAGUACAUGCACAAUUUUCAAGGUCCUAUAUAUCCACAAAUGCACCCCUAUCAAGGUUACCUUUUUCCCAGUAUGCAGGUUCCGCCAUAUUAUCCUGGGAAUAUGAAAUGGCCUCCAAAUGGGGAGGAAUCUGGUCCUAUUUUUGAUCAGGAAUCUGAUGGUCGGAGGAAUCGUAAAUCUUAUAGGAAUAAAAAGAAACAUUCUCAUGAAAAAGUAAUGGAAAAUUCAGAAGAAGAUGGAUCCGGUGACAACACUGGCUCUAGUUACGAGAGUGAACCUGAUGAUCAGAUGCAUAAGCAAAGACACGGGAGAAAGUCCUCGAGAAAGGUUGUUAUCCGAAAUAUCAAUUACAUAACCUCUAAGAGGGAUGGAGAAACAGGAAGUGUGUCUGAGGGAAAUUCAUCUGACGAGGAUGGAUUUGUUGAUGGGAAAUCCAUUAAACAGCAGGUAGAGGAAGCUGUUGGGUCAUUUGAGAAGAGACAUAAAUCAACCUCACACCGCCACAAGAAACAAGGUGGGGGCAAGUUCCGUGGCACUGUGGAUGAUUCAAAUGGUGGUGUUGCAAAUACUUACGAGGGGGAAAAACAAAAUGACAACUGGAAUGCUUUCCAAGACCUUCUCAUGAGGGACAAGGAUGAAAGUUCGUUUGGUACAGAACCACAUAAUGUACAGCUUGAGGAGGAAUAUUUUUCAAGUAGGAACUCUGGUGAAGGAAAAGUGACUAAGCAAUUGGCAGAUUCAAAUGAAUUUUUUGUGGUGACAGAGAGGGGUUCAAGUAAUGAGAGUAAAACACGCGUUCAAUACUUCCAAGGUGACAAGAAUGUUGGCCGGAUUACCAUGAAAGGAGAUAGCACAUAUGAGGAUGUAUUAUUUUCACGGAGAACUGAAGAAUCUGGGAACAAAUCCCAUGAUACUUUAUCUGAUUGUGUCAAUGAAUUGUACAUCACCAAAUGUCCUAAAGAAGGGGAUUGGUUCAUGAACAACCAAACAGAUAUAUCAGCAAAUCGGGAUGUCAACAAUGAUCUGAAAUUGUUUGAUGGUGUUGACGCAAUUCAUGCUGAGAGAAAUAAGAGAGAUGUUCUAGGGGAUGACUCUUUCAUGGUUCGAGACCGAUCAGUAGUUGAUCAAUCUGAUUCUCAGUUCAGGACAGAUAUAAGCUUCGUCCCAGAGAUCAAUGGAGCUACUCAAGAUGAAUAUGGCAUGCAAGAAACUUCAAAUGAUAAACCUGAAGCGUAUGGUGUCCAUGAACCGGAUGACCUUUACAUGAUGCUUGACCGUGGUUCAUCUGUGGAGCAUGCUGUGGCACCAUGGACUCCCGAAAUGGAUUAUGAAACUAUUGCUUCAUCAUUUGAAGCCAAUAAAAAGAAUCCCAACACUGAAGUGAGUGAUUCUGUUGAAGUUAAGCAGCCUUCUGAUGGUAAGGGCAGGAAUGAUAAAAGUAGUGGAAUUCCUGGACAAAAAGCCAGGUCUAAAGUUGUAAAUGGAUCUAUGGCGAAAAGCAAGUCUGAUAUCAUGUCAAGAAGCAAGAAACCUGCUUCUGUAAGCAAAAGCACAGUCCACAAGAGCAAAUCUGAAAUGGAAGAAGAGCGGAAAAAGAGAAUGGAGGAGUUACUGAUUCAACGCCAGAAGAGAAUUGCUGAAAGGAGUGGUUCUAAUACAGCAACGUCUAAGAAGGCCCCGGUGGAAAAUAAAGCUGCCAAAAUUUCCAUGACUAACACGAAGAAUGAGACUAAGAAAUCAGAUAAGCCUGUCAUCCGGAGUUCCACCAUCGAACGCCUUGCAACUGCGCGAGUAGCUGAAAAGUUAACAACUUCGCCAAGUUCUGGUCAACCCAAAAAACAGAGCAUCAAGGCAAAUGGCAUGAUUGCAACUGCAUCAUCGCAGAAGGCAGCUGCUGCAGUGAAUAAGAAACCCAGUCCAAACAAAGCCAAACCUUCGGAUGCAAAAGAUGACCUGAAGAAUUCAAAUCAAAUAAUUUCAUCUAACUCUGAUAUCCAGGAAAAGGUUUGCGUAGAAUCCACAGAAGCACUGCCGGUUAAGUCAGAAGCUGCACUUGUAACUCAAUCCACUACUGCCAUCAAUCAUUUGGAAGAGACUAAGGAACUCCACGGCACAUCUUCUGUUGAAAAGAAUGAGGGAAAUUUGAUGGUACAAAGAGAGGCAUUGGAGAACAGAAGCUGCAACAGGUAUUCUCCCAAUUUGGUUUCAUCGGUACCUUAUGAAGAGAAGGCUCAACAACUGAAUCAGUUUACAGGUGAUGUUGAAGAGUUGUCUAAAGCAUCUCCAGUUCUAAGUGAAGACAAAAGAAAUUAUAUCCCGGAAAUGAGUGUAUCUCCUUCUAUUCUGGGAUCACCUAAGAAAGCUUCGAUUGUUUCAGCCAUGAACAUUGAAGAAAAUGGUGCAAGAACUAAGAAUUUACCAGUUUCUGAGAUUUCUGACGUAGCAAUCUCUACUCCACCAAGUGAUGAAACACUCGCGGAACAACUCCACUCCAGGAAGAAGUGGAACAGCGGCGAGAACUCUUCUAAAGCUGCAAAAGGGUUUAAGAAGCUUCUAUUGUUUGGCCGCAAGGGCUGAAAUACUCCUGUCAAUUGGUACUGUGGAGCUUAGAUAAUUCAUUGCUAGUGGCUUUUGAGUGCAGCAUGUAGUAAUACUUUUGCAUUGGUUUCUGGGUUGUUUGUGUCCGAGGCAUGGACCGACCAAUUCAAUUGCUUGAUAAUGCAGCUCAUGCAUUCCUUAUGGCUGUCAAGUGGAAUAGCCUCCUGCUCUCAUAUACAAUAAGGCCUACAAGUGUUGCUGCCACACAAGGAGAACACUGCUCAACUUGCCGAUCUACUAGUUCAAAAUGGCCCGUCAAUUGGUCUUGGAAUAAGAAUUCGUAAGGUGUAUCUGCAGUGACAUGAUUCAACAUCGUAGAUAUGGUCGGAUUUCUCUUCUUUUUUGGUUCGAACUGUUUUUGGUUAGAUUUGUCAUGGAGGCCUUGACAGUUCUGACCCAUUUGUUGAAACUAAACCAACUAGAAUUCUCCUGUCUGUAUAAGUAAAAUGUGCACAGAAGAAUGAGUAGUUGGAAUCCUAAGAGUUUAAGCAAAAAUCAUUCCCCUUAAACAAAUCAUAAACCCCAUUGCUGCAUCCUCCUCAAAUCGUCAGAAAACUGAAAAGUUAUUACGAUGCCUAUACUCUGCCGUGAGCCAGGAGACAUUCCCUGCGGCAUUUUAUGUCCAUCAACCGAACCAGCGAAAGAAUGGCAACUCUUCACCAGCAUCUUGGAGCGAUCUUUGUUCACAGCAUCCCCGUUUGUACAUUUUCUAGGUAAAGUAGUCAUGGCAGGUGUCCUAGGGUUUGUAUUUCUAUCCUAUGAGUCAAUAUCUUGAACUGCAUGUAUCUUGGUUUUUGGUUGAGCCAACCGAACCAGCAGUGCUAUUUGAGCCAUUUUGAGAA